AUGGCGUCCAUCGCCGGCGUGGACGACACGCUGGACGUCGACGCGACGGACGUGGUGAAAAUCAUCCUGCAGUGGGCGAGAGAAUCCGGACUCGACGCCACGCACGCGGCGCUGUCCGCGGAGACGAACACGUCGUUGAACGCGAUUGAAGACGUGGAUGCGUUUAAACGCGACGUCACGCACGGAAGGUGGGACGCGGUGCUGCCACAGUUGGCGAAACUGCGACUGCCCAAGAAUGUGCUGGAGGAUGCGUACGAGCACGUGACGCUGGAGAUGUGCGAACUGGGUGAACAAGACACCGCACGGGCGAUUCUGAGGCAAUCAAACGUCAUGCGAGUGAUGAAAGAGGAACAGAGUCGGCGGUACGGACGAUUAGAGCAUUACGUGAGCGCGAGGACGUUCACCGCGGAGGACGCGUACGCGGGGACGACGAAGGAAAAGCGACGGGAAAAGUUAGCCGAGGCGCUCUUGCGAGAGGUGGUCGUCGUGCCGCCGUCGAGAUUGUUGGCGCUCAUCGGCCAGGCGUUGAAAUGGCAGAAGAGCACUGGGGCGCUGCCGCCUGGGACGGCGUUUGAUUUGUUUCGAGGCCAAGCGCAGGUGGAGGAGGAAGAGGAAGAGCAGUGUCCGACGACGUCGCACAAGAGGAUCAAGUUUUCCAAAAAGUCCUUCCCCGAGUGCGCGCGAUUCAGUCCUUGCGGUGGUAUGUUGGCCACGGGUUCGGCGGAUGGAUUCAUAGAGAUUUGGGAUCCGUACAGUGGUAAGUUGAGAAAGGAUUUGAAGUAUCAGGCGGAGGAUACGUUGAUGAUGCACGACGACGCCGUGCUCGCGCUCGCCUUUAGCCAAGACUCCGAUAUGCUCGCUUCGGGUUCACAAGAUGGUAAGAUCAAGGUCUGGCGCGUGAGCACGGGUACGUGUUUGAGAAAAUUCGAAAAAGCUCAUCAAGGCGGCGUCACGAGCGUCACCUUUAGCAAGGAUGGUUCGCAGGUGCUCAGCGGAUCUUUCGACGGUCUCGUUCGAGUGCACGGAUUAAAGAGCGGUAAAUUAUUGAAAGAGUUUAGAGGGCAUACGUCGUAUGUGAACUCGGUGGCUUUCACAGAAGAUGAGACGGAUGUCGUCUCUGCGUCGAGCGACGGUUCAGUCAAGGUCUGGGACGCGAAGACGUCCGAGUGCAAGUGCACUUUCAAGCCGCCACCGCCGGUUAAUCCGAACAAAGACGAUGACGAAGAGACAUAUCAAACUGGUACAGUCCCAGCCGUGUUGUCUGCGAUUCCACAUCCGAAAAAUGACGCACAAAUUAUCGUCACUUCGAAAUCAAACGCCGUCGUCGUGUGCACGCUCGCGGGCGACGUCGUGGAAACGUACUGGACGAACAAGACCGCGCUACCGCACACCAUCGUCGCGGCGACGCCUUCACCGCGAGGUGAAUGGAUUUACGCCACGAGCGAAAUCGGUGAACUGUAUUGCUUUAGCACCGAAACCAAAAAGCUCGAGUCCACCGUCUUCAACCUGCACGAGAGCUCCACGCUCGGCGUCGCUCACCAUCCUCGAAGAAACCUCGUCGCCACGUUUAGCUCUAUCGGCGAACUCAAGACUUGGAAACCGUGA